AUCGUUGAGGUUCACCAGUUUGGUUAGUGCAUUGCCUGAGUACGCCCAAACUAAUGCCUCUAAGUAAAUGAGGAAGACAGGGGUGAAUUUCCUCCACAAUAUCCCAAUCUCUUGGCACCCCUUGUUGAUACAUACUCUGUUCAAUUAUACACAGAGCUGUUUUGCCUGAUCAACCAUUUUCUUCCUUCUCUUCCGCCCAAUUGACAGGUAAAAGAAGAAGAACGAGAGAAAGACAGUUCAGACCCAUACGUCAGGUAGGAAUACUCAACUCUUGCCAACACAGAUCCACUUCCCUGAUCUGUGGCUGGGAUCACACGUGACCGGACGCAGGCUGCUGGAAUCAGCUGGUGGUGACGCAACGGCGCGCGGUGCCGAUCUCGAGCUCGGACGGUUGGACCGGAGUCUUCUCUCGCGCGGCUCGCCUCACCUGCCGGAUCCGGCCAGAGCAGCGCUGCUGGCGGCGUCUUCUUCUUCUUCUUCCUCCUCCUCGCUCUCCGUCGCCAACUUUCGUUCAGUGAGCUGCCAUCGCUCAGCCCCCACCCCCCUACUCUGGGGAGUGUGUGUCUGGGAGAGAGAGAGGGAGGAAGGCAAUGAAGGACUGCGGAGGGUGAAAAGAGCAGAGGUUUUGGAGGGGAGCUACCCCAUGGCGAGAAGCCGCUUCACCUGAGCAGGGGAGGGAGGGCGGGCGGCGAUCGCGAGGCAACUGGCAGCGAGCGCGCGGCCCGAGCCGGCCUGCCCCCUCCCUCCGUGUGUCCGAUUGUUGUGGCUCGCGCCGCUCCUGGCACAAUGGCCUGGAUGAAGAACUUCCUGAAGCCCGGGGGUAACCUGCGGAGCGGCUACCAGCCUGGGAGCAUGUUGUCCAUCGCCCCGCCCAAAGGACUGCUGAACGGACCCGGAGAGAACAGUUGCUUCCUCAACAGCGCAGUGCAGAUUCUGUGGCACCUGGACAUUUUCCGAAGGAGUUUGAGACUGCUGCCUGGACAUGUAUGCUCAGGAAAUGCUUGCAUUUUUUGUGCUUUGAAGAAUAUAUUUGUAGAAUUUCGAAACAGUAGGGAAAAAGCCCUUCCCUCUGAUAUUUUGCGAAAUGCUCUGGCUGAAAGUUUUAAAGACGAACACCGUUUCCAGCUUGGUUUAAUGGAUGAUGCAGCAGAAUGCUUUGAAAAUAUUUUGGAGCGAAUUCAUUUGCAUAUAGUUUCAGACACUGAAAUGGAUACAUGCACUGUUAAAUCUUGCAUCACCCAUCAAAAAUUUGCCAUGACUCUUUACGAGCAGAGUGUGUGUCAUAGCUGUGGAGCUACUUCAGAUCCUUUGCCAUUCACUGAACUGGUACAUUAUGUGUCAAUUACAGCACUGUGUAAUCAGGUUGACAGGAUGAUAGAGAGGAAUGAACGUCCCAGGCCAGAAUCGUUUGCGGAGCUACUUCGGGCAGCAAGCACUAUUGGUGACUUUAGGAAUUGUCCGAGUAAUUGCGGACAGAAGAUAAAGAUUAGACGUGUGCUAAUGAAUUGCCCAGAGAUUGUCACCAUUGGUUUAGUGUGGGAUUCUGAGAAUUCCGAUCUCACGUCAGAUGUCAUUCGAUAUUUGGCACCUCAGCUGUCUCUCCCUGGACUUUUCUUCCAGGCAACUGAUGAACGGGCUAAGAGAAGUGAAUUGAUCCUUGUUGGAAUGGUAUGCUAUUCCAGCAGACACUAUUGUACCUUUGCCUUUCAUACUAAAAGCUCCAAGUGGAUAUUCUUUGAUGAUGCUACUGUUAAAGAGGUUGGAUCAAAGUGGAAAGACGUGCUGUCCAAGUGUGUUCGAGGUCACUUCCAGCCCCUGCUCUUGUUUUACGCUAAUCCCAAUGGUUUGCCAGUCAAUACUGAGGAUGUACCAAUUCCCAACCAACAGUCUGCUCACUGUAGAAUAGAUGGAGAGGAUUCAGAAAAAGAAAUGCAAAUGUCUGCUGCCAGAUUGACUGACCAUGUAAGGGAAAGCGGAACCGAAGGACAUUUGUCAAAAACCAGUAAUCAGGAAAUGCCUCCAAAACAACCAUCUAAUACUAAGGGAGGUUUCCAAAGGGGUUUUAUUCAAGAUAGUAGAGGUCGAGGGCUAAUUAAAGUAUUUCCUGACGAAAUUCCUUUUCGAUUGCGAGAUCGUUCAAAAGAUCAUGCUCAAAAGCCGCACAAUGCAAGGAGUUCUUCACAACCCCAGAAAAUAGAAAAUGAUAAGCUACCAAGAAGAGCGGACUACAGCAGACAGAAAGAGGAUAGAUCUCCUUCAAAAUCUGGAACACCACCUCACGGAAAUGGUCUGAAGCAUUUCUGGGAUCAACAUGUACAGAGUGGUCACAGAAAAGGACCUUCAAGUGAAGGUAGAACUACUCCACAACCAAGAGCAACAUCAAACAGAUUAUUUUAUGCAUCUGACAAUAAAAACAAAAGCAGCAGCUUCAGUGAAUUUGAUACUCAUAGCAGUCAAGAUUCAAGGGACAAAGGCAAUGGUAGGAAUAGAAGUAAGGGUAAGGUUUGGAAACCAUCACGGGAAACAUUGAACGUGGACAGUAUCUUUGAGGAUGGUAACAAAAGACAAAGUAGUCCAAAGCACAAAUCAAGCUCUUCUCACCAACCACUGCAAAACAGAGGACUGAAUGCUCAUGAUGUAUUGAAAGAGAACAGAAGACACAAAGAACUAAUGACUAUAUAUGAAGAUGAACUCAAACAAGGAGGUGGAAAUUCUUUGGAGGCAGAUGGAAAGUCAAAUCUAGCAAAAGACAAAAGCGUUGUGACUGAAAGCUUAAAAGUCCAUAAUGCUAGUCAUGUUCAGAAAAUUGAAGCUGUGAUCGAAACUAACGAUCGACUUAGCAAUAACUCUGCUAGUCACCAUACUUUGACCAUGGAAACACUCCAUGGAAAGCACUUGAAGAAUAUUCAGGAUUCAUUUAGUAACAGGUCCCAACAAGAAUUACAAAAACCUGAUGCAAGUCCCAAUCAUUCACACAGAUUUCCACUUAAUGAAGCUGAAAUGCAGAACAAGGAGUUGAAACUAAGAGAUGACAUUGUUGAAGGACCUAACAUGCAAAGAUCUCCCAUCGGUAUGGAUAGGCUUACUAAAGGCCAAGCUUCACCUUCACUAGAAAGAUCCAGGAAAUCUGCUCCCUUCCCUAAGCAAAAUACACAGUUUCAUGAAUCAUUAGGAAUGAACUUGCAAAACCACAGGUUCUGUAAAGAUAAUCCAAAUCCUCCACAACAGCAAUUAAAACAAUCAUCCACAGACAAACCUGUUCCAAAUAUUUCAGCCAAGUCCAACAACAAAGAUAUACCUGUGCCACAAGAUCAUCGUGCAUUUCCUAGUAAGGAUUUCAAGGAGGUUGCUUAUGGGAAAAGUUCUGAGUACAAUUUUCCAAUCUCACUGGAUUCUGAAGAUCAUUGGCCUCCUCCCCAGUUACAGCGUAUGGAAAUAACUGCAGUAACGCCACCAACUGGUUCACCGGUACAUUUGCAUCCAGCCAGUCGAUCCUCUGAGAAAUCUCAGCUUGAUCAAUGCCUGCUGUCUGAGGGCCUAAGCUCGUAUCAUGAUUGUGAAAAGAGAGAAAAUUUCCUAGAAUCUAUCCAUCAAGAUAGGUCAUCGCCACCACCUUUGCCUCCAAAAAUGUAUAAUCGGAGAGCCCUGAUCAGAGAUGAGCUCAAAGAGCAAAAGGAAAAUGUUUUGACAAAAGUGGCUACGUGCAUAAAAUCCAGGUUUACGGAUGAUGCAACGAUACCUCUGAAUGAAGUGCCAAGAAGGAUUUCUAAUCAAGGACACAUUUCAAGUCCUGCUGAAAAAUCUAAUCAUGAUGCAUCUGUACCUGACGAAUCUGCAACCAAUGCUCCUUCAGGACUGGAUAAAUCUGUUGCUCCAAUAACGUAUUUUUCUGUGGAUAAUUGCAUGACUGAUACUUACAGAGUCAAAUACCACGAGAGACCUAAACUCUACUUUGCAGAUGUAAAUCCUAGUGAAUCACAACAGGGAGAAGAAAAUCCCUUUCAAAGUGCAUCUAUGACUGCAUCUCAAAUAAUUCAUAGCCUUGGAAAAGGAAGUUCCCAUUCAUAAUUGAUACUGCGAAACUCAACCAGCAUAUGUAGAAUUAAAGUCAUCACCAACUGAAUCCAAAGACACCACAAUUGAAAUAAAUUGCAACUAAAAUAAUGGAAUCUAAUUGUAUUUGAUUCCAUGGUAGUUCUAAACACUGCAUGGUUGGAGACCAAUGAACAAUAAAGAAGGAACUCCAAUCAAGAUUACAAUGAGAAGCAUAAUUGAUAUUGCCAAUGUUGUCCAGCAGAGGGUAGCUCUCACUGAAGCUGAACAAAGUCAAAGCAAAUUGUCACACUGCUCCAUGCGGUGUAGACUCAAGUAAUGUGCGUGGUGAAGAUGUGCAAAUACUUUAUAAUGUCAGUCACAACCUUGUAUUCUGUACAUUGCUAACAAAAAAUGUUGUUAUAUUACUUUAAUCUUUUUUAUAUAUAAACUACAGUUUUGAGAUUUUUCAUUGAAUCAUUUCAAAUAUUCCUGGCUUGAAUCCUAUACCCAGGAAAUGUUGAGCAAAGUUGAUUAGAAUUGCAGAGAAACAAGAUGAAGCAGAUAUGUUCUGUCUCUUUUUUUUUUGUAAACUUAUUUUCUAAUGUGGUAAGCUGUAAACUUAAUUGUUUUAUUCCAGAAGAAACUGAUAAAUUGCUAUAAAAAGAAAUUUAACGUUAGACAAUUAAUUUGAAAUCAAUCUCUGCCUAAAACCUCAUCUUGCAUCACUUUGAGCAAAAUGUAGUUGUGCCGGAAAUGAAAAUACUUUUAAAUUUGGGAGGUUAUUACACUCCAUUUGAAUCAAUAAAUUCUUAUAAUGGUUGAGUAAAAAACAUUUGGGGAAAAAAGCAACAGAAUAGAUAUAGGGUCUGAACAAAGAUAUUUCAGUGCCUUUUUUUUAAUUUGCAGGUGUUAACAAAAAAUAUUUUUUUAUUUGUAUGAAGAAAUAUCAACACUCCCAACUCACUCGACACCUGUCUGAAGGUCCAAGACUCUGUUAACUAUCCAAAGAUUAGUAGAAAACACUCUUAUUCAUGUUAAAAAAAAUUAUUCCAUCAAAUGUGUUAAACAAAUGUGAAUCUAAUGAUGAUAGAAAUCUUAUUGGUGCUUUGAGAAACUGGCAAAAGCAAAGCAAAACAUAACUUUGCAGUUUCUGAAACUUUACACAAUUUUAAUAUUUUGCGUUUGUCAUGUGCGCUUUCAGAAGCUAGUUUUUUUGAUAAAACUCUAAUUAGUGUAAUUGCAUACAAACUGGAAUAAGUCAAAUACUUUUUAAACAAAUCAUACUUUCCCUCUAAGCAUAUAUGUUUUGGAUUUCUUAUUUUCAAAUUGCUGUUACUAUACAAAUGAAUUUUCAAAACUGAAACAGCCAAAUCUUUCAGUGAAAUGUUUACUGAAUAAAAAUUAAUGGUAGUGGUAUGCAAAGAUAAAAGCUCUUAAACAAAUGCAAAAAUUCUGAAACAUACCUUUUUUAAUCAGUAAACACUUUUAUAAAAUAUUUUUAUGCAUUGAGGAAAAUACCUAUUUAGGCUGAGAUUUGAGGUACUGUAACUUAUUUUUUAAUAUGCUGAUACCUGCAUGUGAAUAUUCUCCUAACAUUUUCAUUAAAAUAUUACCUUAUCUGAAGAAUACUAUGUAUUAACAAUAGAAUUCUGUUGUUCUGUUACCAUGCACACACGUUUUUGACAUUUGGGCUCCUUGUUAAAAUUACACCUUAAAUGACACCUGAUAGGCAGAUCAAUUAUUGAAUACCAUCAUUUCCAUUUGUAACAAAUGCUACUAAUGUAUUUUUGUAUCAAAUUCAAAUUUCUUAUCCCAAGUCUUGUUUUUAUUUUCAAACUGUGCCUGUAUCUUUUGGGUUAAAAUGCCAUUUGGUUCCAAAAAGUGAGGAUAUUUAUAUGCCUUCUGAACAAUGUUGAAUUUUGUUGCACAUUAAACAGCUAACUUGCAUACAAAUAUUUUCAGUUUUGUUAACUUGCAGGACUAUCUCAAAAGAAUGCCUUAAGAAUUUUUAGGAUCAUUGCAAUAAAACAUACAAUCCUAAAUAGCUUGACUACCAAAUAAUUUUAUUGUGUUGGAAAAGUGCUAUAUUAGAAUUCUUGAUUCCUGAUUAAUGCAACUUGUGGAACAGUUAAAUACAAAAGGACCAAUAUGGAAACAAGGCCAAACUGUGGCUAGUGCAGAAUGUCUAUUUAUUUUUCUAUGUAAAAUGAGGGACUAUUUGUAGCAACUGAUUUUUAUUAUGCUUUGGAUAUAUAUUGUGGAGUAACUAUUUACUUUGUACAAGAAGGUUAUUUCUAGUUUCAUGUACUAAUAUCUUGCAGAUAAGUAUUAAAAUCUAAAGUAUUUUCAUCCUA